CUUUCAUCUGUUCAAAAAAUGGAGCUAAGCUGGAGUAUAUUUAUGUUUUAUUGUGCUGUCCUUUUCCUAGGAUACGUUUCAAUACAAGUUUUUAUUUUGCUUGUUGAUUACAACAGAAAAUGUCGGACACUUCGAAGACUGCCCCAGCCACCCUCACACUGGCUUUACGGACAUUCUCGAGAGAUUUUUGUUGAGUCCUCAAAAUCAUUUUUAGACAUUUCCACGCGUACAAUGGAAGAAAUGGACGCCAAAGUUUUCUUGCUAUGGAUGGGCCCGUUCCCUAUAGUCCAGGUGUGCCAUCCAGAGACCUUUAAACAGGUCAAUCAAAAGGUUUUAACAAAAGACAACAGUAUGUCUGGCCCAUAUCGUCUUCUUCUUGACUUUAUUGGUGAAGGACUACUAGGUAGCAAUGGUAAGAAGUGGGAAAGAAACCGGAAGUUACUCACACCAGCCUUCCAUUUCAAUAUUUUGUCAGGAUAUGUUUCCGUAAUGAAUAAAGCUGUAGAUACACUCACGGAAAAGCUCGAAACGGCCACUGUCGGAGGAAAGAGUGUAGACGUAUUUCCUUACGUUUGUCGGUCCGCUUUAGAUGUCUUAGUUACCUGUUCCCUAUCUUACGAAGGCCACUUUCAAGAUUACCAAAACUUAGACUACCUAAAUGCAGUUCAAAGAAUACUGGAAAUUGAGGUUCAACGCUACUCUCAACCAUGGCAGAUGUUAGACGUCCUAUUCUAUCUGUCUCCAGCAGGACGUGAACUGAAACGAUUAUGUAAAUCAUCCCGGAGUUUUACAGAACAUAUAAUCAAAGCCAGAAAAGCAGAACUGAAAAAUCAACCUGAAUUCGGAGAAAAGAGGCGUCUUGACUUUCUGGAUAUACUGCUCACUGCACGUGACGAACAAGGAAAUGGGCUGACGUUUGAGGAAAUACAUGACGAAGUUGAUACUUUUACAUUUGCAGGUCACGACACGACGGCAUGUACGAUCAGCUGGACAAUCUACGCAUUGGGACUUCAUCGUGAAGCUCAGGAACUGGUUUAUCAGGAUGUUUGUGCAGUGAUUGGUGACGACACAGAAUUUAAAACGGAACAUCUAGGAAAGUUUUCAUAUCUGACGCAGUUUGUGAAAGAAACCAUGAGAUUCUACAGCCCUGUACCAGUUUUAACAAGACGAAAUGAACAUCCUAUCGAAAUUGAUGGAUAUGAGAUUCCAACUGGGUGCAGUAUAAAUAUUCAGUCAUAUCUAAUACAUCACAACAAACAUGUAUGGACAGACCAUAAUGAGUUCAAACCCGAGCGGUUUAAUGCUGUAAACAGAGAUGGCAAUGAAAUCUACGGAUUUCUACCCUUCUCUGCAGGGUCUAGAAAUUGUAUCGGACAGGUUUUUGCAAUGAAUGAGGUGAAAAUAACGAUAGCAAAGCUAGUGAAAAAGUUUGAGGUUGUGAAAGACCCAGAUUACGAAACAGACAUCCGACCGGAAUUUGUGAUGCGGCCAUCAGACGGAAUAAAAGUUUUUCUGAAGAAAAGGUUUAACUAAAAUUAACAAUGAAAUAUACGGAAAACUUCAGCAAGAGAUACAGGCGUAAAACAAAUGUUCAUUUUUGCAAAAGUAUGAUGUCCUACGAUAGACCUAAAUGUACGGAUUUGGCUGUGUUAAUGAUAGUGUACAUUCUAACAAUGGCUUUUAAAUACACACACUAUUCAUGAAUCCAUGUCGGGAAUAUUUUGAUGAUUUUUAUUCAUUAUGAAAAAAUAUUAUGUAUUAACUUUUUGCAUUGUACUAACCAGGAUGCUCUUUUUUCUGUCAGGGCGCUUUUCUGCUGUGAAGACUUUAGUGUAUGUAUAGGGUUCAGCCUUUCCUCUUCAUUAAUGAUAAUCAUAAUGACGACGUUUUUAUGACGUCAACUAUUUGCAAAGCGGUUCCAUGUUAUAAACGACCAGUUUCGUAUGUUUACUUAUAAAGUGUACCAAAGCUUAAGACUUCAAUGAGAGUAUGAAUAUAUGUCCUCUAGGUUUUUAACAUACUCUUUGCAUAGUAUACAGUUACAUGUUGUUGACAAAUUAAUGAGCUUUAUAAGCAUUAGACAUUACAUAAAGGCUUUGGGCUUUCAACUUAACUGGCAGCUUGCACAAGAAGACUCAAAUAAAAUAGAAAAAAAAAACAUGAUCAUGAUGGAUAGAGACAUAGAAGUGGAAACUGUUUUAUGGUUAAUGUGAGCAUUACGCUUCUUUGCAAAUCGUCAAAAGCAACGCAACAAAUACUGAUAUUGUUUUUCAACCUUGCAGUAAUUGUAAUUUUAUGUGGAUGUAGUUACGUUAAGCCGGUCUCGAUAAUAAGCCAUCAGAUCCUUAGUUUAUUAAAUCCGCGGCUUAAUUUCGGGAUUUCAGGGUAUAUCAGUACGCAAUUAUAGAUCUCAAAACCGUUCUUGGACCUGGCCAUUAUAGGUGUAGUCCCAUUGUCUAAUAUAAGAGUCAUGGUAUGAUAACCUAUGUCUAUAAAGAAGGCUGAAAUCCUUGGACCCUGAUAUUUCCUCAUUGAUUUGAUGUUGUAAGCAACUGGUAGGGCGAGAUGCAACAUCUUGCUUAUCGCGUGGAUGGAUGCUGCAAUAAGAAAAUAAAAGAAAAGCAAAUUACAGGGAAGAGAUCACAGAUAGUAACAGCGCAUGUAUUUGAUUUUAUAUGCAAAGUAAUUGAUGAAGCAUAUUAUAUGUGAAACUUGACAAUGGUAUUCAACAUUCAGGGUGAAAAAUAUAUUUGACGAGAAAUACAAUGUACGAACAAAAUAUGUUCCCUUAUGGAUAAUGGAAUGUUUUUGUCAGUGAUGGAAACUUUAUUUAUAAUUCUUUAACAUUUUGAAAAGAAAAUAUAUCAG